UGCAGUAAUUGCAUAAUGGAUAAAAGACCAUGCAACUCUCAAGAUGUUGAAGUGAGGAAAGGGCCUUGGACCAUGGAAGAAGAUUUGAUUCUCAUUAACUACAUUGCUAAUCAUGGUGAAGGUGUUUGGAACUCUCUAGCUAAAUCUGCUGGUCUCAAACGUACCGGAAAAAGUUGUAGGCUCCGAUGGCUUAAUUAUCUUCGACCUGAUGUCCGGAGGGGCAAUAUUACACCUGAAGAACAACUUUUGAUCAUGGAACUACAUGCUAAGUGGGGAAACAAGUGGUCGAAAAUUGCGAAGCAUUUGCCUGGAAGAACAGAUAACGAGAUAAAAAACUAUUGGCGGACUAGGAUUCAGAAGAACAUUAAGCAAGGAGAGAACAUGAAUGGACAAGGAACUUCAGAGCAAAAUAUUGAUCAUCAAGAAGGAAGUAGUAGUCAAAUAUCCUCAGUUGGUCAAGCAGAUAACAUAGAGACUUACUCUCCAACUUCAUACAAUGGAAAUUUGGACACUAAUUUUCAAGCUCCAAAUUUUCUCACUGAAACAAAUGACAACAUGUGGAGCAUGGAGGAUAUCUGGUCAAUGCAAUUGCUUAAUGGAGAUUAAUUAAGUAUGUUUGGAAUAUUUAAUUUGAGUAAUUAAUUAAACCUUAGAUUGAAAACCAUUAGUAACGUAUUAUAAAAAUUAAGCUGUUAGAUAUACAGCUAGCCUAUAUAAUAUAGUGCUAAAAUUCUGCAUAAGUUGAGUUCUUAAGUGUUCCAAUGUGUAAUAUAUAUGACGAACUCUUAUAUAUAACCCUGUUCAUAUUAUUUUAAUAAUAUAUAGAUGUAUGGAGGUGCCCAUGAUUCUCUACAUAUU